UACAAUGCAAAGUUAUUUUGAUUGGUUAAGGAUCUCAGCAGAAGCAGUGAGAAAGUUUAUGAUUUUCCCUGCCUGGAUCGGACUAUAUGAAAACGUGGACGUCUGGCGUUGGUCCUAUAAGAACCUCCCGCUGGAGAAUACAACUCUGAGGAGCUGGUAUGCUUUUGGUGAGCCUUCAGCGAAUGGAAUUGAAGCAUGUGGUGCAAUUGAUUACCGUGGAUACUGGUUCGAUUAUCCCUGCACACACCUGAAAUCCUUUAUCUGCUACGAUUCUAGAUUAAGUGGUUUUGCCAGAUUCAUCCCCUACAUCCUUCCUCUUCUAGACUGGUUUGGAGCUCAGGCUUUCUGCAGACUUUUUCACACUGAUUUGGCCACCGCUGCCAGCACAACGGACAACGAUGAAUUAAAGAAUCGAGUGUUAUUCCUGACCUCUUCUUGGUUUGGCCUGUUUAGGGGCACCUGGACAUGGUCAGAUGGAGCCAUAGCUUCAAACAUCGCGUGGGCUCCUUUCCAGCCGGAUCACUCUGGCACGAAGUACUGCGGGACGUAUGCUGUAGGACUGAUCAGUGAUGACACCUGCAGCAAUGAACAUGCUUUCUUUUGUCAAUCCAGUGAGUCAUUUUUCAUGGCUAUUUAUUAAGAAAAUGCAAUGCUUUCAGAAA